AUGAUGAAGACCAGCAUCUUGCGGCACGCCGCCGCCUGCCGUGUCGCCUUGACUGCGCGCCCCCUCCAGCUCACAGCCAGACUCUCGCCGUCGGCCUUUGCUAUCGCACAAACACCCCUCAAGGCGUCGUAUCGCCCCGUCAACAGCCUCCUCCGCUUCUACUCGAGCGAGUCGGCCGCUCAGCAGGAAACCGCCACCCCCGCCGGGCGCAUCACCAAGUUCAGAGAUCUCGAGAGCUUGGGCGUACACAAUGCUCUGGUCAGGUCUAUCACCGAGGGGAUGAGGUAUGAGGACAUGACAGAGGUGCAGUCUCUGACUAUCAACGCUGCUCUUGCUGGAAAAGAUCUUGUUGCGCAAGCCAAGACAGGUACCGGCAAGACGCUGGCUUUCCUUGUACCGAUCCUUCAGAAGAUUAUUGCCGAUCAGCCAGCCCUCGCUGAGGCUCGCCGCCCUGUGAAGGCCAGAUCCGACGACGUUCGUGCCAUCGUCAUCUCCCCCACCCGUGAGCUUGCUGAGCAGAUUGCGGUGGAGGCUGCCAAGAUCGUCAAGGGCACCGGCAUCAAGGUCCAGACUGCUGUCGGAGGAACCCAGAAGAGAAUGUCGCUGCAAAAGAUUCGUUACGAGGGUUGCCAUUUGCUCGUCGGCACUCCUGGCCGUCUCGCUGAUCUGCUCACUGACGAGUACAGCGGCGUGGCUGCUCCCAACCUCACUGCUCUGUGCUUGGAUGAAGCGGAUCGCAUGCUGGAUGUUGGAUUCGACGCCGAGCUCGACACCAUUCUCAAGGCGCUCCCCAACAGAAAGGAUACCCCCCGCCAGACUCUUCUCUAUUCCGCCACCAUGCCCAAAGACGUGGUUGGCCUCGCCAGAAAGUACAUUGACCCCACCAACUUCGAGUUCGCCCAGACCGUCAAGUCCAACGAGACCCCUACCCACGAGAGAGUGCCCCAGUUCAUCGUUCCUUGCCGCAGCUUCGACACCAUGCCUGCUACUCUUUUCGAAAUGAUCCGCACCUGGGUUGCCAAGAACCGUGACGAGCUCGAGGGCAACCCUCUGAAGAUGAUGGUGUUCUUGCCCACCACGGCUUCCGUCAUCUCGUGGAGCGCUGCUUUCCGCCGCCUCCGUCGUGAAUUCCCCGAUAUUCCCGAGGUUCGCGAUAUUCACUCCAAGUUGACCCAGCCCAUCCGCACCAGGUGCGCCGAGGAUUUCAGACGGGCCAAGUCUGCCAUUCUCUUCUCCUCUGAUGUUACCGCCAGAGGCAUGGAUUUCCCCAAUGUCACCCAUGUCGUCCAGGUCCACACUCCCAACGACCGUGAUUCAUACAUUCACCGCAUCGGUCGUACGGGCCGUGCUGGCAAGGAGGGUGAGGCUUGGCUCCUGGUUUCUGAUUCCGAGGUCAGCACUGCCCGCAGCAGAUUGCCCGGUCUUCCCAUCAAGCGGUCCACCGACUUUGCCGUUGCCUCGACUGAUCUCUACGGUGCCGAGCCCGAGUCGUUCCCCGAUUCUGUCAAGAGGGUUCGCGAAGCGUUUUCCAAGCUUCCCUAUGAGACCAUCUCAGAGUAUUACAAGUCUUUCUUGGGCGGCGCUCUCCAAGGUGUGCACAAGCAGGCUGUUGUUGACGAGUUGAACACCUUCAGCAAGAACAUCUUUGGCUUGGAUCAGCCCCCUGGAGUUUCGCCAUCGCUGAUGAGGAACAUGGGCCGGAUUACCGGCCUUAGAGUCGCCGAGAGGGAGGAGAACAGGUUCCAACGCAGCGGGACGGGCGGUGGCUUCGGUGGCCGUGGUGGUGGCCGUGAUGGUGGCUUCGGUGGCCGUGGUGGUGGUGGUGGUCGUGAUGGUGGCUUUGGUGGACGUGGUGGUGGCUUUGGUGGACGUGGCAGCGGUGGGAGAGGCGGUGACAGGGGGGAGAGGAAGCCGAGGGAUAACUGGGAGGCUAUGGAGAUGGCUGGACAGAGGGAUAAGCAGCAGUCCAGAGGUGGUGGCCGUGCCACUUUCUAA